AAUGUGCGAUUUGACGCUCAGAAUGUGAUUUUACUUCCCCUAGAGAACUAUCUUUGUUUAUGUCUACGUUUUUAUAAUUAUUGAGUUUAUAAGAUUAGAGAAUUUACUAGAUGUCGUAACGUAAUAAGGAAGUCGCGAUUGCGAUUGUUUUAUGUCAUAAUCGAAAUGUCAGUUGAAACUGAUAACCUGGGAAUAAACAAUAAGUAAAGAAAAAUCGGUUCUCUUCAAGUUCUCCAACUUAAAAACUGUAUGGUUUACGAAACUGUGUUCUAUUAAAAAAAUAUUCAAAGUUAAAAUCGCAAAAUGUGGGUUAUAUUAGUGUAUUUUUCGUACACUUGAAGUGGUGAAGCAAUUUCACUUUCUAAUUCCGAAAAUCAAGUUUUCAGCUAAUUCAUGAAGUUGUUAAAAUGGCAUCACAAAACCCGAAUCAAACCCGCAGUCAAUUCGGAAACAUAAUGUUCCGAGAAAUCCACAAAAAUGCUUGGCUGAAAAAGGUAAAUACUUCGAACAUUAAAAAGAAACGCGACAAACUGUGGGUCGUGUUUUGCGUUCAUGAUGAUACGGACGCAUUUCUUGAAUCAUACACGGAUAACAAAAUCGCAGUUCUUCACAAACCGGAUUGGUUUGUCUACUUAAAUGAUGUGCAGCAUGUAUCUCCUACGAUUUGCCCCCACGAGCAGGAGUACGAAUUUGUUUUGACAUUAAAGUCAGAAGUUGUGAGGUUAACAGCUCCUACUUGGGAGCAGAUGUUAGAUUGGGUAGCUAGUCUUCAGGCGAAAUUACAUGAGUUACGAAUAUUGAGUCCCAAAGAUAAUGUUUACUCCAAGUUACCAGAAAUUUCACGUGGUCAGUUGUUUUCUACAAGAGACCCCAAUUCCCCGUUACCACCUCCCCCUACUAGUGCCCCCGAAGUAUUGCCAGGCAUCGAAAUUCAACCGAGUAGUGCGGGGCCACGACGAACGAUAACACGGCAAUGGAACAGAUCUCAAUCUCAGACUUCGUCGAAUGAAGACACACCGCGCUUACGAAGAGAGAGUACAUCAGAACCAGAAGUAUUUCGAUUCGAUGAUAUAUCCAAUGCAGUGCAACAAAUCAGUACAGAAUCGUCCAGUAAUUGUCAUUACGAACGCUUAUUUCAAGGUGAUCCAGGUCCGUCCAAUAGACAAGUGGAGAGGUCGCCAAACACCCUCCAACAACCACCAUUACCGUAUAAAACUUUCAGGGAGCAGCAAGUUUUACAGCUACAGAAAGAAAUGAAACAUUCCAGUGGUGUGAAAUUACAAUUAAGAAAGAAAGACUGCAUUAGCUCAAUCGCUUUAGUUGAUGCUUUUGAUUCCGUUUGGGUUUGUGGUUGGAAGCAAAAGGACCAUCCAAUGUUAUAUAACGUACUACAUAUAGGUGAUAAAAUUAUAAAUAUAGCUGGAAUAUCCGUAAAGACGGCGGCCGAGGCGUACAGAAUUCUGGGCUCGCACUAUUGUGGAUUAUAUGUUGAUAUUAUCAUUAAGAGAAUUCCUCACGGUCAAGUUUUCUUGAUCCACCGUGAGACUGAAGGUCAGUCACUAGGAAUAAUUCAAGAGAAUAAUACGGCAGUUAUUGAAUCGGUGGAAACCGAUAGCUUAGCAGCGAGACAAGGUUUAUCUGCAAAAACUAAAACAUGUGAUGGUUUGUCGUUAACGAACUGGGUCCUAACGGAAAUCAACGGAAGACCUCUGAAUUUAUUCUUCAAGAAAAAUCAAAUUCGAGAUCGCCUUAACUCAGUGGGACGGGACAUAUCAAUUUUAGUCCAGCCAUUAGAUCUAAUGAAACAGCUUAAAAAAGAAUUGAAAUCAUUAAAAAAUUAUAAAGAAUAUAUUUUACAAUAAUUUGUAAGUAAAUCACAUGUUUCAUAUUCGAGAACGUGGUCUGAAUUCUAUACUGUGAUUUAUAUUUUAUACACUAAAAAACUAAUAAACUAUUUUACUUA